UGGCGCCGGAAACACAUAGAAGAUGACGAAGAAGAACAGUAGGUGGUAAACCCGUGUCAGUGAAGGGACAAGACAGCAAGUGAGACACAAAAUCAUAAAGAAAUAUUAUCACAAUGCUUCCACUAUCUCUGUUGAAGACUGCCCAGAACCAUCCUAUGCUGGUGGAGCUGAAGAACGGAGAGACGUACAAUGGUCACCUGGUCAGCUGUGACAACUGGAUGAACAUCAACCUGAGAGAAGUCAUCUGCACCUCGAGGGAUGGAGAUAAGUUCUGGAGGAUGCCUGAGUGCUACAUUAGAGGAAGCACCAUCAAGUACCUGCGAAUCCCCGAUGAAAUCAUCGACAUGGUGAAGGAGGAGGUGGUGUCCAAGGGCCGCGGACGUGGAGGUACCCAGCAGAACAAACAGCAGGGCAAAGGAAGAGGAGGCGGAGUCGGCCGAGGUCUCUUUGGUGGUCGUGGCAGAGGAAUGUCUGGUCCUGGUCGGGGCCAGCAGCAGCAGCUGCAGCUGCAGCAGCAGGAUAAAAAACCUGGCAAACCACAGGGAAUGAAGAACCAGCACUGACGGACAACAUUACACCCUCAACAACACAUCCUGUCAUUCAAAGCGAUUUCUCCUUCAGUACAUGAAGAUAAAAUUAACUCUCUGGUGUUUCCUUCUGCUGUGAAGUUUGUCAGGACUGACCACUGCAGAAAUCACACCGGGAGACGUUAAGAGAAGCUGUGCUUUUGCACUGAAUUUAGUUUUAUGGCAUAAAUCAGUUAGUAAGUUGGUAAUAACGUUUUCUUUUAGUAUGAUUAUCGACCAGUGUAUCAGUCAGAGCUGACUUCUUUAGUAUCAUUUACAACUCUGCAAGAACAUUUUGUAUCAUAAAUCACAUUAUGUAUUAUCUAAGAACAGAUUUCCAUCAGUUGGUAUACUGGAAGGAGGUUUUUAGUUGUAGUUAUAUUUUUUUGUCAACUUGUCUCCGUUGUAGAUUUCAUGGUAAAGAAACUGCCCAGCCCCAACUUCUGUUGUACCAAUAUGUUUUAAAACUUUUGUUAACAUUUUGAUUGUCUGCAGUCCACAGCGGACUGGCAGUCGAGGAGAAUUCAGUCCUUGAAAAUUAACUUUUGUCAAAGUAUAUAAAGUAGACACGUUAUGAUCAUUUAGGAUUUCCAGAAGAAAAAACAUUCUCAUAUUCUUAAGUCUGAAAUGGAUAAGUCCGUGCGUCAUGUUGGUUGGGUUUAAUUUUUAUUUUUGUAACAAAAGACGAUGUUGUAAUUUAUUUACAUGAGAAUAAAACAACUUUUGUUAAAGCGUUCAUAUUUAUUUAGAACAAUGUUCUUAUCUAUUUGUUCUGUUAGUGAAAACAAACGAAUAAAAUGACAAUAUUUUACUGCUAUA